AUGACUGAAGCAAACGAUAAUGGUGGCACUACUCCCCUCCCCAUAUUCGAUGGUUGUAAUAUCACUAUCGUUGUGAGCAAAGUGCUCCCGGAAGCACAAGCAAAACAGUUAAGAGAGAUCCUCGAGGAUAAUGGCGCUUUGUCCGAAUAUAAAAAGACAGACGAUGGCAUGAACUUAGAAGAGAUCACACAUAUUGUCUCCGCCACAACCGACUUCGCAACUUAUGAUGAAGCAGGUCUUUUACUUGUACCGGUAGUUACACCUGGCUGGGUAACACAAUCCCUUAGCAGACGAAGACAAGCACCAAUACGACCAUUCACCCCCGACGAACGACUUAUUUUCUCCAAUGUCAACCUUACAUGCGCUGAUAUUCCACAAGGCGACAAAGAUGCGAUAAUUGGUGCUACAUUAGCUAUGGGCGGAAUGGAGAGCAACAGCUUGACUAAACUGGUAACUCAUGUAUGUGCUCUUAGUAUUGAUCAUCCAAAAUGUCAGGCGGCCCUGGAAAAGAAUAUUCGAUGCAAGAUUGUGCUUCCGCAUUGGUUCGACGAUUGCCUGAAACUAGGAAAACGUAUAGAUGAGCGACCUUAUCUGCUUCCAAACCCCGAAAUAUUUCGCAUGAAUCCCGAAGAUAACCUGCCAAUUCCUUCUUCUGUUGGACUUCAAGGUGCUACUGCGGCGCACCCAAAUAUGCUCGCGACUCCGACAGCAUCUCCCAUACAACGUCGUCUGUGUGUCUUUAAAGGCAAGAAAGUGAUGUUAUCUGAAGAUUUGGACCUAGGAAGCCGAUUAAAUGACUUGCUUACCAAGCUUAUUGAAACUGGGGCAGGCACAAUCACAACCUCUGUACGCCAAGCUGAUAUUUUUAUCUGCAAUUACCGAGAAGGUAGAGAGUAUGUUAUAGCCUCUCGAUCACCUUCGACUCAUGUGGGUAAUCUCUCUUGGCUUUACUAUCUGAUUGCCCACGAUACAUGGACAAACCCGACCAGGAGGCUUCUUCACUACCCUAUGCCCAAAGGUGGUUUGCCGGGUUUCGCUGACUACAAGAUAACUUUGUCAAAUUAUGGUGGAGAGGCACGCAUCUAUCUUGAGAACCUGGUAAACGCUGCUGGUGGUGAGUUCACAAAAAGCAUGAAGCAGGAUAACACGCAUCUAAUCACAGCUCGAAAGGCCAGUGAGAAGUGCAAUGCUGCUGAUGAAUGGAAUAUCGAUAUGGUCAAUCACCUUUGGCUUGAAGAGAGUUAUGCAAAGUGCGAGGUUCAGAGAUUGACUGAUCCACGUUACAUACAUUUCCCUCCAAGAACAAAUCUUGGCGAGGUUAUUGGCCAAACUAAGUUUGAUCACAAGGCUUUGGAAAAGAAAUACUUCCCCAGAGAUCCUACUCCAGGUCCAAAUAGUCCGAAGCCCUCAAAGAUGAAAAAUCUAACCAUUCGGGACCGAGAUGGAGAUAUCAGCAUGGACGGUGAAACUGAGGACGAGGAAGCAGGAGUCAUUGCACCUCCUCCAAAAUCUAAAGGCAAAGGCAAAAUAAUCUCUACAGCUUCUACAAAUGUUCUCUCAACACCAGCCAGUAAGAAGCGCACAUCCCUGAGUAAGGAAAAUGACACCCCUUCAUCGACCAGCAGUCGAAGUGCCAAAGACAGGGCACUUAAUGCGAUUCACGGUCUUGCUCCUGAUAUUGCCAAGUACGAAUUGGAGAAGAAGAGGAAGGGGCACGUGUUUGGCGGUGAUCGAGCGGCCAACAGGAUUGAGAAAGAGCGAGAGUUACAACGCAAUUCAAGCCCUAUUGUAAAACAGCAGGAUGAUGAAGAGAGGAGUGAUAGUGAGAGUGUAGAGACUGACGUCCGUCCAUUGAAGAAAGCAAAAACCGCGUUAAAACCAGAGGUCCAAGUUCGUAUGCUUAUUACUGGGUACAAGGUUUGGGCUACUGAGGUAUCCAAGGAGGAUGCAGAUACUAAAAAGCUGCGUAAUCUUGGUAUCGCCGUCUGGAACAAUUAUGGAAAAGUCAACAUUAUGGCGGCUCCCAAAAUGGUUCGAACUCGGAAAUUCCUCGUCGGUCUCGCACAUGGACCUACUGUUGUAUCAGACAAAUACAUUGAGGCUUGUAUCAAGGCUGGAAAGAUGUUAGACGUUGAAGACUUUCCACUGGAGGAUACCGAAAAUGAGAAGAAGCAUAAAGUCAAAUUGAAGGAUGCUUUGACUCGAGCCAGAGCCAACAAAGGCCGACUUCUGAACACAGUUCCAAUAUACUGUACCACCGAUAUCGACAACGGCUUCGAGACAUACAAGGAUAUUGCAGAAGUCAACGGAGCUACGUUUGGCGUGUACAAAGGACGUCCGACCAUCAAACCCACCAAGCCAGAAGACGACGAAGGACCCCCCGAGCCCGUAUACUUGAUCAGCAGCGACAAGAACUCCGAACAAGCUCUCUAUUCGAAAUUCGAGGAAAUGGCCAAGGCAGGAAACAUGGAGCCGCGAAUCGUCAAGGUCGAAUGGUUGUUGGAUGUGGCUAUGUCGCAACAAAUUAAGUGGGAUAAAAAGUAUCUGCUAAAGCGUUAA